GGGGCGGAGCAGUUUGCCGAGACGGGCGGCGUCGACCGCGCCGUCACGUGGAACAACAUGGCGUGCUGUUGCAGGAGAGUCGGCAAGAUCCGGGCGGCGGUGAACUUCUUGAAGCGCGCGCCCCAGGCGGAGGAGCACAGAUACGGCGCCGAGGCGGCGCAGACGCACCUCAACCUGCGCGCCACUCUUUCGCAGCUUCGCUGCCACGACGCCGCCAUAUUCCUCGCGCAGUGCGCCCCCAUCCGCGUCUACGAGAUGCUGUCGCCCUCCAUCAUGGUUGGCGAGCUCGGUGGGGCGAAGGAGGCGAGCUCGGAGCCGAAGGAGGCCGUCACCGCGUUAUGCAUCGCGUACCACAACCUUUCGGGCCUUGCCCGCGAGCCGCGACCCACGAACAUAACCAAGUCCUCCAUAGAGGCAAUCCAGGUCAGGCUUCCUGCUGCACCAGCUGCGCCGAGGCGAGCGGUCGAGCUCCCGAAGAGGCUCCCGGGCGGCGACCGGACGAUGGGCGCCCAUGCCGACGGAGUGCACGCGGGCGCCGCCGACGACGAGUUCCCCAAGGGCCCCGCCGCGGCGGAGGCGCCGCAGGCGUGA